AUGCCUGCUGUACGAACGCGCGAGGAACAGAACCCCGAAGCUUCAUCAUCAAAAACAAAAUCUCAAUCGGGACCAAAACGGAAACAUAAGCAUGGCAAGCAAAAGUCAGUUCAAGAGGACCCUAACGCAGUGCCAGGCGUACAGAAAAUCAAGGCUGCACUACGACAGACCAAGUGGCUGCUGGCGAAGGACAAACUCGCAGCGGAUGUACGCGUGGAGGCCGAGCGCAAACUAAAAGCUCUUGAAGGCGAGCUAGAGCAGGCCGAGAUUGCGAAGAAAGAGCGCGCGUACGCUGUACGCUAUCACAAAAUUAAGUUCUUCGAACGUCGAAAGAUCACGCGUAAAAUCAAGCAAACUCUCAAACGUCUUGAUAGCGAGGAGAGCAAGUCUGAUAAGGAGAAGAUCACGGCAGAGCUGCACGAGCUGCGCGUGGACCUUAAUUACAUCCUCCACUACCCCAAAAUGAAGAAAUACAUCUCCCUCCUCCCACCCGAAGUCCGGAAAGGCCGAGGUGACGAAACCGAAGCUGCACCUACCUCCACAGCCCCCGCCGCAGACGCAGCGAAGACGAACGCCGAGCGCGAGGAGGUAAGGCGGUGGGUGAGGGAGCAGAUGGCUGAGGGAAACCUCCCGGCUGAACCGGAGGUUGAGACGAAGUCGACGUCAUCGCUGCGCGGCGAGAAGGCACCGGCACAGCAAUGGACGACAGGGAAGGAGAAGAUGGGUGCUGCGGGGAAGAUGGGUGAGCAGGCGGAGGAAGAGGUGGGUGUGGAGGAAGAUGCUUUCUUUGGGGAUGAUGAUUCGAGUUAA